GAGGCGAAUUAGAUUGGAUCGCGCGCCAGCACAGCCCCACCACGCGCUUGUUCCGAUCAAUAUAAGGGCCACUUGGUGUCCACCCAGCAUCACAACUCACUCAACCACCCAAGCCAACCCAACCAACCAAACCACUACUACAAUGGCCUUCAAGGUUCUCGCCCUCCUCGCCCUCGCCGCCUGCCCCAUGGUCUUGGCCCAGCAGUACGGACAGUACGGACACGGACAGCAGGUCGAGCAAUACGUGAGCGAGCCGCACUACGCUUACGAGUACGCAGUGCACGACGAGCACACCAAGGACAUCCACUCGCACAAGGAGUCCCGCAAGGGUGACCGCACCGAGGGAGAGUACAGCCUGGUGGAGCCCGACGGCACCAUCCGCACCGUCAAGUACCACGUCGACGGAAAGAGCGGCUUCAUCGCUGAGGUCAUCCGCUCCGGACACGCCGUCCACGCCCCUGCCGUCGUCGCCAAGCCCGUCGUCGCCUACAAGCCCGUCGUCGCUGCUUACAAACCCAUCGUGGCCGCUGCCCCCGUCUACCACGCUGCCCCCGUCUAUCAGCACGCCGCCCCCGCCUACCACGCCGCCCCCGCCGCCACCAGCUACGUGCAGAACGGACACAACAGCCAGUACAACCGUCACUACUAAGUUUUUUUAGUCCAGCAGGGCCGCUGCCCAAAGCCCCUAAGUCCCUUUGUGAUAUAGCAUUUCACCCCCACUCAUCAUUGUUGUCCAUUCACAUCAUCACAACACAAUAAUUUUAUAUGAAAAUGCUGAAAAUUGCGUGAAAUAAAACUUGUAAAAGAAAA